GCGAGACCCUCUUGGGCCAACAGCUAGGCAGGGGCAUAUGGCCUGCUACUUGUGCCCGGAUAGGGGACAUACCCACCUACCUAAAGUGCUCCCCCGGGGGCAUGAGAGCCCACUACCCGCACCGGGGCGGCAUUUCUGUAUUGCAGCAAAAGGCCGCCCCUCCCAAACCUGGGAGUCUGGGUUCUGCCAACAACCCUGCGUCCAUCUCUCUUGGUUCAAGCAGGCUUCUGGGAUAGAGAGUAGGCGGUAGGGGAAUGCAGGCGCCCUUCCUGUUCCCAUGGCACUGGCAGUUUCUCUGCCUCCCCUCCCGCGGGUCCCCAGCAUCUCCUCAGCAGUGGGGACACUUCUCAUUCCUCCCCACCCCAGCCCUCUGGGGUCAGUACUUUGCCCAGUGGGAUGAGCAGGAAACUGCUGCAGGACAGAGAGCAGAAAAAUGAACUUCCUUCUCCAACCCAUCCCCUGACACCCCGGCCAUUGACUCCUCAAUUUGCUGAGCUCACUAGUCCUGCAUGGACAAGGUCUGCCACAAUGCUACUGCUGCACAGAGCCAUGGUCCCAGGACUCCGACAGGCCUGCAGACUCAGGUCAGCCCCCUCCAGGCUCUGCACUCAGGCCUGCUCUACAAAUGAUUCCUUUCAACCCCAGUGUCCCAGCCUCACCGUUUCCAGUGAGAAUUCCAGCACUAAGGGAUGGAGAGUCACGGGGGCCCUUCUAGGCCUUGGUGCGGUGUUGGCCUAUCAUCACCAUCGGUGUAGGCAGGCUGCCCAGGAGUCACCACACAUAUACUCUAAGGAAGAAGUACGUUCCCACAGCAGGCCUGAGACUGGGAUCUGGGUAACUCUUGGCAGUGAGGUCUUCGACGUCACAGAAUUUGUGGACCUCCACCCGGGGGGGGCAUCAAAGCUGAUGCUAGCAGCCGGGGGUCCCCUAGAGCCCUUCUGGGCCCUCUAUGCUGUUCACAACCAGCCCCACGUGCGUGAGUUACUGGCUCAGUACAAGAUUGGGGAGCUGCACCCCGAAGACACCACACCCUCCACCUUAGAGACUUCGAACCCUUAUGCUGACGAUCCUGUCCGUCACCCAGCUCUGAAGGUAAACAGCCAGCGUCCCUUUAAUGCAGAACCACCCCCUGAGCUGCUAACAGAAAACUAUAUCACACCCAACCCUCUCUUCUUCACCCGGAACCAUCUGCCUGUUCCAAACUUGGACCCAGACACCUAUCGCUUGCACGUUGUCGGGGCCCCUGGGGGUCAGUCACUGUGUCUGUCCCUGGAUGACCUGCGCAAGUUUCCCAAACACGAGGUCACAGUCACACUGCAGUGUGCCGGCAACCGCCGCUCUGAGAUGUCUCAGGUCAAGGAAGUGAAAGGUCUGGAGUGGAAUACUGGGGCCAUCAGCACUGCACGCUGGGCUGGGGCGCGCCUCUGUGAUGUGCUGGUCCAGGCCGGCCACCAGCUCUCUGAAGCUGAGGCCCACGUCUGCUUUGAAGGCCUGGACUCAGACCCCACUGGGACCGCCUACGGAGCAUCCAUCCCUCUGGCUCGGGCCUUGGACCCUGCAGCUGAUGUCCUGUUGGCAUAUGAGAUGAAUGGAGAGCCCCUGCCUCGUGACCACGGCUUCCCCGUGCGAGUGGUGGUUCCCGGUGUGGUGGGCGCCCGCCACGUCAAGUGGCUGGGCAGAGUGAGCGUGCAGCCAGAGGAGAGUGGCAGCCAUUGGCAGCGGCGGGAUUACAAAGGCUUCUCUCCGUCUGUGGACUGGGACACUGUGGAUUUUGACUCAGCUCCGUCUAUUCAGGAACUUCCCGUGCAGUCGGCCAUCACGGAGCCGCGGGACGGGGAGACUGUGGAGUCGGGAGAAGUGACCGUCAAGGGCUAUGCGUGGAGUGGCGGUGGCAGGGCUGUGAUCCGAGUGGACGUGUCGCUGGAUGGGGGCCUGACCUGGCAGGCCGCUGAGCUGUAUGGAGAGGAACAGUGCCCCAGGAAGGCUUGGGCCUGGCGUCUGUGGCAGCUGCAAGCACCUGUGCCAGCUGGGCAGAAAGAACUGCACAUUGUCUGUAAGGCUGUGGAUGAGAGCUACAACGUGCAGCCGGACACUGUGGCCCCAAUCUGGAACCUCCGCGGUGUGCUCAGCAACGCCUGGCACCGUGUCCACGUCCGAGUCGCCCCAUGACGUCACAGAAUCACCAAAACCCUUUCCCCAUCCAUCCUUUGGCCUCGCUGCCACAGGAAAACCUUUCCCUCACCUUCUACUUCUUGGACCAUAGCCCUGUACUGUGCCUUCCUACGCCUUCUCCAGGUACAGGCACAUACACUGCACAUUUCGGCCCAGGCACCCCCCCAACAUUGUGUUACACACUCCUGGCUCGACCCCCUGCUAGGAGGUCAGAGCUGUUGGUGCAAGGGGCCAAUGUGUGAAAGUAAUUCUGGAGAUGAGCAACUUUCUAUUUUCCCUUCCUACCCCACCCCUACUUCUGAUCCCCAUUUCUCCUGGACUCUUCAGGGAACGGGUAAGACGCCUAAGAAAAGGUUUUGUGCUGUCUCUACUACCUCUCUGGGAUACGAGGCUUCUGAGAAGAGCCAGGCGCAUGGUUCUCUCCCUUUUUAAUUCUACUUUUCUAAACUCAUCAAUAAAGUGGUAUCUGUUUAA